CGGCGGCCGCCGGGCCCUUGCGGGGUCACCCCGGCGCGGAGCCUCGCCAGGGCCGCCUGAGGUGGCGGUCGCCCUCGGCCUGCCCUGCGGUGGUUCCCCCGGAGGGGGCGCGCUUUUGGAAGAGCAGCCGAACCGCCGAGAGCGAAUCUCUUUUCUUCACCCUGAGCCUUUGGUGUGAAUAUUGAUGAUUGAUGUGCGGAUGUUGAGAGGAAGAUUUUAACUUUUCGUGUGUCGUUGCUGGUCGUGUUGGCGUAGAUCCUGUUUGCAAAAUUUCUCCUAACAUUUGGCUUUGGAAUGUCAAAAGUUAGAACUGCCAGUUCAAAUAGUGCACAGUUGCAGAAUGAUAACUAACUAAAUGUUUUAAGUAUUUUCUUUGAGUUUGAAUGGGAGCCUUGCCUCAAUGCUGUUAAGCCUCGUUGUGAUUGAAUACGAUGGGUAAUCGCUGCCUCUCGAGACCUCGAGGGCUCUGCUGGGGGGAGGAAGCUGACUACAGUGCUGGCUGGCAAGUGCCCCGAAGGCUUGGGGGUGCACACAGGUUUCAUCGAGUGAGUGGUAGGGUUUGGAGUCUGGGCAGGAGCUGGGGCGUGGGGGGCUUUUGUGGGAGAGAGAGGACCACAGGCAAAGUAGGCGCCACGAGACGCGCACGUUCAUCUUUGGUUGGAGGUCGAGUGAUGUGUGUGGAACUUUAGAGCUGUUCCUGGAGCGUGGGCCAUAUCAUUAAGGAACUUGAUAUUUAGGUUGCAGUUGGGACUUUGUCGAGCCAGUGGUCUUUAAGCGUGGAAGGGAGAGAUCUGUGUGUAGAAGGGAACUGUCCGAGUCGGAGGACGGCCAGGGGUGGGGAGGAGAGAGGUUCAGCUGUCUGAUUGAGAGGGCGUGAGAGUGUGAGGGCUGGACUUAGCGUUAGGCAUUGAUGAUUUGUUAUGGGGGAGUGAAGGCAGAGUGGUGGCAGAAUUUUUCGAAGAAGGGAUCCUGGGGCACCUUUUUAGUUUGCACCCAGGUUGUAAUAUGCUGUUGGUGAGUUUAUGGUUGUAGUCACUUGGAGGGGCUAGGUCCCCAGGAUUCUGCCACGCCCUCGGCUCUGGCUGUCACACUUGUUAGGGCGGUGUGUUAACAUAGAGGAAACAGGAAGGCUGAUGACCUGCUGAAGACCAGGUGUCUGGGGAGGAUCUGCCAGUGUUUGAACCCGGACCUGAAUGUUGUUUCAUGGAUGGCACAAAAACAAAAGCCCUGUAUUCCCAUACUUGGGACGUUUCAUUUAGGUUUUUGGAGUUAGCUAAUAGCAAACACAGUGCUUAUGUUCUAAGUGCUUUUCUUGUGUUAACUCAUUUAUCCUCACAACUGCUUCAUGGAGUAGGUUGUACUCUCCCUGUUUUACAGGCCAGGAGCUGAGGCCCAAGGAUUACGUAAUUUGCUGAAGAUUGCACAGCUAAUUAAUUAUGGAGCUGAUUUGAACCGAGGCAGUACAACUCCAGAAUCCUUGCUUCUGAGACCAUUGUGCGGUGUUGCCUCUCAAGUGAAAACCUUUCGGUUUUACUUAGCUUUUGCCAGAUUUCUUUGGACUUCUCCUUUACCUCAGUCGGAGCUUUUUGGAAAAUUUCAAAAAUGUUUCAAAUUCCUGUGGAAAAUCUUGACAACAUCAGGAAGGUACGGAAAAAGGUGAAAGGCAUUCUUGUGGAUAUUGGGCUUGACAGCUGCAAGGAGUUGCUGAAGGACCUUAAAGGCUUUGAUCCAGGAGAGAAGUACUUUUUUAACACAUCAUGGGGAGAUAUUUCUCUCUGGGAACCUUCUGGAAAGAAAAUGAGAUAUCGGACAAAGCCAUACUGUUGCAGCCUCUGUAGAUACUCCACAAAAGUGCUUACUUCAUUCAAAAACCACCUGCAUCGCUACCAUGAAGACGAAAUUGACCAGGAGCUGGUGAUCCCUUGCCCAAACUGUGUCUUCUCCUCUCAACCCAAAGUUGUGGGGAGACACUUCAGAAUGUUUCAUGCACCUGUUCGGAAAGUCCAGAACUACACAGUGAAUAUUUUAGGUGAAACUAAAUCAUCUAGGAGUGAUGUGAUAAGUUUUACAUGUUUAAAAUGUAACUUUUCAAACACUUUGUACUACAGCAUGAAGAAGCAUGUGCUGGUAGCCCAUUUUCACUACUUAAUUAACUCCUACUUUGGCCUGCGAACUGAGGAAAUGGGCGAGCAACCGAAAACCGAAGAUACCCUUUCUACUGAGAAGAUGCCACCAUCUGACAAGUAUUACUGUAAAAAAUGCAAUGCCAAUGCCAGCAGCCAGGACGCGCUGAUGUAUCACAUUCUCACAUCGGAUAUACACAGGGACUUGGAGAAUAAGCUUAGGUCCGUGAUUUCAGAACAUAUUAAGAAGCCUGGACUUUUGAAGCAAAUGCAUAUUGCUCCCAAACCAGCUGCACAUGUGGCCAUGCCACCGCACACCAAUGCUCCGGGCCUCCCAGCUACACCCCCUUGCUUUCACCUUGCCUUGCCACAGAACAGUCAGAGCCAAACCGUAGUCCAGCCAGUUCAGGGCACAGUGCAGCCCGUGACUGUGGCCUCAGCUGCGUCUGGAAGUGUCACCCAUUCUCCGCCUGCCGUUGCCCAGUCCCGAGUGACUCUAGUCUCCAGCCCUCUGCCCGUGGGCCAGAGCAGCCUCACUCUGCCGCCCGCAGCUCCCCAGCCUGUCUUUCUUUCUCAUGGAGUCCCACUUAAUCAGUCAGCAAAUCCUCCUGUGUUGCCCUUGAGUCAGCCAGUUGGACCUAUAAAUAAGUCUGUUGGAACUGGUGUCCUCCCGAUAAACCAGACCAUCCGCCCAGGGGUUUUACCCCUCAACCAGCCUGUUGGGCCUAUUAGCAGACCAGUUGGGCCUGGAGUUCUUUCAGUAAACAGACCUGUUGGGUCUGGUGUCCUUCCUGUCAGUCCCUCUGUCACCCCUGGGGUUCUUCAGGCCGUCUCACCAGGGGUGAUUUCUGUGAGUCGGACAGUCCCGUCAGGGGUCCUUCCUGCAGGCCAGAUGACCCCUGCUGGGGUUAUCCCUUCGGGACAGACAGCAACUUCUGGGGUUCUCCCUGCGGGCCAGAUGGUGCAGUCAGGGGUUCUCCCCAUUGGCCAGACGGCCCCAUCGGGGAUUCUCCCCACGGGGCUGACAGUCCCUUCACGGGUUCUCCCUCCUGGCCAGACGGUCCCCCUGAGGGUUCUCCCUGCAGGCCAGGUGGUCCCACCUGGGCUCCUUUCUCCCAACCACACAGUCUCGUCAGGUGUUCUCCCUGUGAACCAGGGUAUUAAUUCUGGUGUUCUUCAGCUCAGUCAGCCUGUGAUGUCAGGAGUUCUUCCUAUGGGCCAGCCAGUGAGGCCUGGGGUCUUGCAACUUAAUCAGUCUGUGAAUACCAAAAUUCUGCCUGCAAAUCAGUCAGUUAGACCCGGUGCUUCGCAAAACACCACUUUCCUCACGUCAGGCUCCAUUCUCAGACAGCUGAUACCUACAGGGAAACAAGUGAAUGGGAUUCCCACAUACACCCUUGCCCCGGUGUCUGUCACUUUGCCCGUGCCACCUGGAGGUGUUGCGACCGUUGCCCCUCCCCAGAUGCCCAUCCAGCUCCUGCAGUCAGGCGCAGCUGCACAUAUGGGCAGUUCCGUGGCCAGCAUGCCCUCCUCUCCAGUGGUAGUGAAUACCACUCAGAAUAUGUUUGUUCAGGCCUCCUCAUCUGUGGCAGAGGGGAGUCAGGCGCUCAAACAGGCAAAGCAAUGGAAAACCUGCCCGGUUUGCAACGAGCUCUUCCCUUCCAACGUCUACCAGGUACACAUGGAGGUGGCUCAUAAGCACAGUGAAUCCAAAUCUGCUGAAAAGCUGGAGCCUGAAAAACUGGCAGCAUGUGCACCGUUUUUAAAGUGGAUGAGAGAGAAAACAGUUCGGUGUCUCUCUUGUAAAUGCUUGGUAUCGGAGGAUGAGCUUAUCCAUCACUUACUCAUGCACGGCCUGGGGUGCUUGUUCUGUCCGUGCACUUUCCAUGAUAUUAAAGGUCUUUCAGAGCAUAGUCGGACUAUGCACCUAGGGAAGAAGAAAUUACCCGUGGAUUAUAGUAACAAAGGCUUUCAAUUGGAUAUUGAUGCUAAUGGCAACCUGCUGUUUCCCCAUCUUGACUUCAUUACCAUACUGCCAAAGGAAGAGCUGGGGGAGCGGGAAGUCUACUUGGCAAUACUAGCUGGGAUACACUCCAAGUCGCUUGUCCCAGUGUAUAUUAAAGUGAGGCCUCAGACCGAGGGUGCGCCUGGGAGCCCCACCAAACAAGCCUUGACCUGCCCCUUCUGCUUUGGCACCUUUGUGACGACUGAGGCGUAUGAGCUGCAUUUGAAGGAGAGACACCACAUCAUGCCCACAGUCCACACGAUCCUGAAGUCUCCGGCCUUCAAGUGCAUCCACUGCUGUGGGGUUUACACUGGCAACAUGACCCUGGCCGCCAUCGCCAUUCAUCUGCUGCGCUGCCGGAGCGCUCCCAAGGACAGCAGCUCAGACCUUCAAGUCCAGCCUGACUUCAUUGAGAACGGCGAACUGCUGCUGGUCAACGGCGAGGUGCUACACGACUCCAGUUUUUCUGUAAAGAGAAAGCUGCCUGAGGGCCACUUUGGGGCAGAAGACCAGAGGGAUGGGGACGAGCGACCUGUCGUCAUCCAUGCUGAUGCAGCCCCCUCUGCAGAAAAGGUGACGAGCGUCGUGCCUUUCAAAAGACAAAGGAAUGAAAGCAGGACUGAGGGACCCCUUGUUAAUGAUGACGCUCUUCAAAUUUUAGCAUUAAAUCCUAAAAAAUAUGAAGACCGUUCUUAUGAAGAAAAAAAGCAGUUCCUUAGAGAUUAUUUCCACAAGAGACCGUAUCCUAGUAAAAAGGAAAUAGAACUGUUAUCCUCACUCUUAUGGGUGUGGAAAAUUGAUGUGGCUUCAUUUUUUGGAAAAAGAAGAUACAUUUGCAUGAAAGCAAUAAAAAAUCACAAGCCUUCUGUACUUUUAGGCUUUGAUAUGUCUGAACUUAAAAAUGUUAAACACAGAUUGAACUUUGAGUAUGAACCACAAAACUUGUAAAAAAUAAUUAGGAAAUCUAAAGUACUAGAUAAUUAGUAGUUUUUCCAAUUGAGAUUUUAAAAAAUGUUAUUUUCUUCACUGUAUGUUGAACUAAUCAAUUUCAGUGGUCUUUAUGCUGCUCUUUAGAUUUAUUUCAGGUGCUCAGAAAGACUUCUAUAUAUAGAAGUGAAUAGUUCUUUGAAAUUUAUUGUUUCCUGAAGUUUGAUUUUGUAACAAUUAUUUUUAGUUUUUUCCUCUGUCAUGUAAAUUAAAUCUUUUGAUAUUUCCUGCACGCCUUGUUUUCCUAGUAGUGUCAGUAUUGGAUGAUUAAAACUGAAAUCUACAUGUUUGUUUUUUCAUUUAAGGAAGUUUCAGCUUGUUUGAGAUUACUUGAUUAACUGCGACUUAAAGCAUUGGUCUCAGUUAGCUUCUCAUGCAGCAGCAGUUGAUACAGUAAAUGUGUGUAGAGAAGUGAGUACCAGCCCCCGUGAUGUGUAUGGUUCCUUAAGGAUGCACUGCGUUAACUUAUGCUGAUUUCUUCUUUGUGAGGUAUUUGUUUAUUAGAUUAUAAUUUUGAUUUACAUUUUUUCAGGUAUAUCCUAACAGCUGUUUUUGAUUAUAACUCAUAGGAAACCAAACAUUUUCAUUUAAAAAAAAUUACUGAACCUGAAAUCUGCUAUUUAGCUCAUAAGUCAAAAAGUUAUUUUACAAAUAAAGUAAUUCUGUAGGUGCAGAAGUACUUUUCAGUGUAGACUUUCCCCUCUUUUUGAUAUGGUGAUAGUCAUUUUUCCAUUCAAAGGUAAAACCAUAAGUCUUAGUGCCUUUAGAAUAAACACUGAAAACACACACACCAACUCUCCUCCUCACCUGACUGUCCAUAAGCCAGUGAAAGGGAAGGGCCGUGUUCCUCAGGAAUGAAGUUUUUACACCUGAGUGUGGACACUCACUGAAAUGUAAGCUAGGUUUUCAGGGGACAAGGUGGAGUGACAAGUCCCCAUGGCUGGCAUAUGAAAUCUCGGAUGGUUUCCUAGAGGGAAAUGAAUUUGUUUUGGAGAAAUGGGCUUUUCCAUAGUUCAGUUGUCCAGGUUAAUGGGCCAGGAUAUUGCUAAAGAACGCCUUUGUAUUACUCUCCUUUGGACAGUUAAACCUCGGUUGUUUUCACACAAUAUAAAAUAACUUAAAGCACCAGAACAGGAAUGGAGGCCAGCCCCUGUAGACCGGAAGUCAGGCUGCUGGUGACACACAGCAGAGGCGCCUGUCCAACGUAUUCAGAGGAUGUGACCGUCUCUGGGAAAUAGAUAACGUUGCUAUAUGGAUUAUAAAAAAAUACAAUACUCGCAUGUAAUUGCUAUAAUGUGCAUUUUUGAGGCAGUUGUGAAACUGGUCUGUGAUUGUUGGUGUACUCUGUUGUAAAUUCAGAAAGAGCUUGUUGAAGUUUAUUUUUUUUUUACCUAUUGUUUUCAGAGUGUCUAUUUUGAAUUAAAAUUUGUUAUAUUACUGCAAAUA